CCGGAUCCAGAAGAGGAUGGGGAAGCAGAACAGCAAGCUGCGCCCCGAGGUGCUCCAGGACCUGCGCGAGAAUACUGAGUUCACAGACCACGAGUUGCAGGAGUGGUACAAGGGCUUCCUAAAAGAUUGCCCAACAGGUCAUUUGACUGUGGAAGAGUUCAAAAAAAUAUACGCUAAUUUUUUCCCCUAUGGCGAUGCAUCAAAGUUUGCGGAGCACGUCUUCCGCACCUUUGACACCAACGGCGAUGGGACGAUUGACUUUAGGGAAUUCAUCAUCGCCCUGAGCGUUACCUCUCGGGGCAAGCUGGAACAGAAGCUGAAGUGGGCAUUUAGUAUGUACGACCUGGAUGGCAACGGGUACAUCAGCCGUGGGGAAAUGCUAGAAAUAGUGCAGGCAAUCUACAAAAUGGUUUCAUCAGUAAUGAAAAUGCCAGAAGAUGAAUCCACUCCCGAGAAGCGAACAGACAAGAUCUUCAGACAGAUGGACACAAACAACGAUGGUAAACUGUCGCUGGAAGAGUUUAUCAAAGGUGCCAAGAGUGAUCCCUCCAUUGUGCGGUUGUUACAGUGCGACCCCAGUAGCGCAAGUCAAUUCUGAUCAAAGCGGACAGUGUGCACAGAGAAUCUCGGCUUGUGUCCUUCAAGCUUUGCUCGCAAACGGAUGCCUUCUCAACCAUCCCUCCACACUUCGCAGAUAAGAUCCCAUUGCCAGAUUGCGUGUGUGUGUCCGAGCGAACCGGCUCUCGCUCCCCUCACUACCACCAGUGCAGCUCUCCUUCGGCAGCUCCGUUUCUGCUUCUCCGUAAUGUUAUGAUUCACUCUACACAUUUUAAAUGUUAAUCGAAAGGUAUGUUUACAUGCAGCUACAAAAGAGUUCAUAUCGCUGGUGAGAUACCACUUCACUUAGUCCAUAAGAAAGGUGUUGUUCUAGUAGUUCCCGAGAAGAUGCUAGGUAGGACUUUUACCCGACAUAGCAGAUGGUAGAUAAUUUAUUUUGCUUCAGAAAUUACUAUGUAAAAAAAAAAAAAAUGUGGACUGAAUGGAGUAGAAAGGUAAAAAAAAAAAAAGGAACAAAAAAA